AUGGCCGUCUCCGCCCUCGACUCUCGCAUUUUCCGCAACUUAUUCGGAACACAAGAAAUCCGCGACAUCUUCACAGAUGAGGCAUAUGUGAAGUCCCUAAUCGAAGUCGAAGCCGCUUUAGCACGCGCCGAGGCAACAGUUGGUGUGAUUCCUGCCGAAGCAGGAAAGGCUAUUACAGAUGCUUUUGCAAGCCUUCAGAUCGACUAUGAACGCCUAGCAGUCGAAACCGAUAUUGUCGGAUAUCCUGUUCUUCCGUUAGUUCGGCAAUUGGUUGAAGGUACGCCCGACGAGAUGGCCAAGUAUAUCCACUGGGGAGCGACGACACAAGAUAUCCAAGACGAUGCAUCCAUGCUUCAGAUUAAGCGUGGUGUCAGUCUGGUGAAAAGAGAGCUCGAGAUUCUGAAGGGGAUUCUGAAGGGUCUUGCAGCUACCCAUCGCGACACUCCAAUGGCAGGCCGAACACAUUUACAGCACGCUCUACCUUGCACAUUCGGAUACAAAUGCGCAGUAUACCUCUCCAGCAUCCUCCGACACUUAGAACGCAUCGAGGAGAUCGAGCAGCGGUGUCUGCUUGUGCAGUUCGGUGGUGCGGCGGGCACAAUCGCUGCAUUGGGUGCUGAUGAUACAGGGCUUCGGGUUCGUGAGCAGCUUGCCGCCGAGCUUGGGUUGAAAAAUCCCAAUAUCACUUGGCAUGUUGCGCGGGAUAAUAUAGCGGAGAUCCUCAACUUCCUGGCUCUUGUGGGUGGCACCUUGGGGAAGAUUGCAUUGGACGUGAUGAUUAUGUCUUCCAAUGAGUUCGACGAGGUCUCGGAGCCCUUUGUGCCUCACCGAGGUGCUUCGUCCACGAUGCCGCAGAAGCGGAAUCCUAUCUCUAGCGAGGUUAUUCUGGCUGCGUCGAAGAUGCUGCGUGCCAAUGCGUCACUGGGACUAGAUGCAAUGGUUACUGACUUUGAACGCGCGUCUGGGCCUUGGCAUUUGGAAUGGGUGGCUAUUCCUGAUGCUUUUGUGACUGCAGUGGGCGCUUUGCAUCAGACGAAUUUCGCUCUCGGGGGAUUGGUUGUUAAGGUUGACUCGAUGAAACGGAAUCUGUAUUCUACUAAGGGGUUGAUUGUGGGUGAGGCUGUGAUGAUGGGAUUGGCACCGCAUUUGGGACGACAGGGAGCUCAUGAUCUGGUUUAUGAGGCUUGUAAGUGUGCCAUUGAACAGAAUCGGACUUUGCUUGAGGUUCUUGAGGAGACGCCUUCCUUGACUGGAAUUGCGACACCGGAAAAACUAGCUGCUUUCUGUGACCCUUUGAAAUAUAUGGGAGCUAGCCAGUUGAUGGUUGAUGAGAUGGUGAGGCGUGCAAUUUAG